UACCCAUCGCACCGCCACACCCUAGCUUGCUGCAACGUCAUCCACAACUUUCUUUGUGGAGCAAUCAAACGUUCGUAACAUCGAACCGUUGAUUCCGCAAACAUACCAGCCUUACACUACCGCUCUUGAACUUGAAGCGACCAGAACCAGCGACAAUGUGGAUAUUCCCUUUGAUCGGAUAUGUCGGUGUGAUAGUCGGCUUCUCGUUCCUCACUCUCGCCAUCGCUUCGGGCCUCUACUACCUUUCAGAGCUGGUCGAAGAGCACACUGUCAUUUCGAAGAAGCUGCUUACCGGCCUGAUACAAUGCAUCAUCGCCAUACACAUCCUGUUAAUGCUGUUUGAUGGCUUCCCGAAGCUGUUGUCGAUAUUCUCGGCGGCGAGUCAUGGCGUGUACCUCGCCAAUGUCACAAAAUCUUUCCCGAUGGUUCGGUUUACUGAUCCGGUCUUCAUGUUGUCCUGCUGCCUCGUGAUCGCGAACCACUUCCUCUGGUUCAAAUACUUCUCGCACCCACAGCUGGCCUCCGACCACCCCUACUCCGCAGCCUACCGCACCGGAGGGCUCAGCGGCAGCCCGUACGACUACUCGAAUACCGCCGACCCCUAUUUCCCCGACCGGUUCCCAACCUUCACCGAGAUCUCGGCAUUCUUCGGUAUAUGCGUGUGGAUGGUGCCGUUUGCGCUGUUUGUUAGUUUAAGUGCUUCAGACAAUGUACUGCCGAGCUCGGAGAUCCCAAGCGGGAGUGUGGGCAGCGGUGGGUUCGGAGGUAUGGGCACGCAGAAAAAGAAUAAGGGACCAGGGAUUGCGAAAAUGGUGUUCAACUCUGUAAGGGAUUAUACCACCACGAGUGGGGAGGCACUGGGACUGUGGGGUGGCGCGGCGAGACAUGAGCGAUUUGAGUAGACUAGAUACAUAGGGCGUUGAUAUCGUUGGGUUGUUCCUACUUCUUCUUCUUCUGCCUGCCUUCUGUCUUCUGUCUUCUGAUUUCUUUGGCAAUGGGAUGGCAUCUCCCCCUAUGGUGUUCGAUGGGAAUCACUUGUAUAUCAUUGUUUAUUUUGGACGUUCAUGUACCUAUUAAUCCAUUCCCUCACUCGUUCCUAG